UCGAAUGUAGAGAUGCAGCAAGCAUAUACUAUUGUUCUUAUUUUGUAAUAUGAGUAUUAGAGGUUUUUUAUUUUGGUAUUCAGUAUGAGACACUAAAGGGUUGUGUGUUGGGGAAAAAAAGGUUUGCUGGAAGAGCACUACAUUCAGAUCAGUUCUCUGAUGGUUUUACCAUAAUACGCAGUUUAUACUCGACCCUAAAAAUAACGUGGCUGCUAGUCUAGAUUGACCGUGCUUUUUGACUUGGCAGCUGGCUUGACUGCAUUAGCCCCUCAUGAGCCCUUGGAGUAUCAUUCCAUGGCUAGAACUUUUAGAGCUUCCCGCUAAAGAAGAGGAGCAGAGGUGAAACUGGUGCUGACAGAGUCAAACAGACGAUGUGAUGGAGGGAUGCCUGACACUCGUUUUACUCUCCUCUAUAAUUGCUCUAACCACAUCUGAUUUUGCGAAUGUUAGGUUGGUUGGUGGUAACAGUCCCUGCAGUGGUAGAGUGGAGGUUUAUCUUAAUGGUCAGUGGGGGAGAGUGUGUGAUAAUGGCUGGGAUAUAACUGCUGCUUCAGUGGUGUGUAGAGAGCUGGAAUGUGGAAAGGCUGUAGAGGCUCUGGGUGGUGGUCACUUUGGACAAGGCUCGGGACAAAUCUGGAAGGAUGGUGUGGAUUGUCAAGGAUCAGAGUCCUCAGUGAUGAGCUGUAGAUCAAGUGGACGGGGUGCUUAUAAUUGUGAAGAUGCUGGAGUCAGAUGCUCAGGAAGAUGGGCAAGACUUGUGGACGGGUCUCACCUGUGCUCUGGAAGAGUGGAGAUGGUUGUUGAAGGUAGAUGGAGUUCAGUGUGCGACGCUGCCUUUGACCUGCAGGACGCAGAGGUUGUGUGUAGAGAGCUGGACUGUGGGGCUCCUGUAAAGGUGCUGGGAGCUGCUGCUUUUGGUAAAGGAGACGCUCAGAUAUGGACACAAGAGAUUCAGUGUAGAGGAAAUGAAUCACACAUUCAACGCUGUCCAUCAUCAAAGUCAUAUAAAUUAAGCUGCACUCAUGAAAAUGAUGUCGGACUGAUAUGUUCUGGUUACACUGAUCUCAGGCUGGUAGAGGGUCCGGACAUGUGUUCUGGUCGAGUUGAACAUCAGUUUAACAGUAGAUGGGGCACAGUGUGCGAUGCAUGCUGGGAUAUGAGAGCUGCCAGUGUCCUCUGUAGACAGCUGAAUUGUGGGAUUGCUGUGUCUGUUGUGGGAUCAGACUGGUUUGGAGAGGGAAGUGGUGAAAUCUGGGCUGAUGUGUUUGAUUGUGACGGGAGCGAAGGAAAACUCUCAGAGUGCUCCAUCUCUUCAUGGAGUCGAGCUGAAUGCUCUCACAGAAGAGAUGUUGGAGUCAUCUGCUCUAAUUCCCCUCUGGCUCUUCAUGCUGGUCUGGUGCGGUUGUCUGGAGAGAGACAGUGUGAGGGGGAGCUGGAAGUUUUCGUCCAUCAGGUCUGGAGGAGAGUUCUGCUGGACUCCUGGACUCUCACUGAAGCCUCUGUGGUCUGCAGACAGCUGGGCUGUGGCCCUGUGCUGAAAUUCUACGGUUCCUCUUCAUCCAGUCCUGAACGCAGUCAUGAGUGUGUGACGGGCUUCCGUUGCUCUGGGAGUGAAGCACAUCUGGGGAACUGCAGCUCUCCACAAACUCUCAGCUGCAGCUCCACACAACAGCUGACCAUCACCUGCCUUGGCCACAGGUCCAUCAGGCUGGUGGGUUCUGGGGGAGACUGUGCAGGGCGGCUGGAGGUUUUUCACAGCGGCUCUUGGGGGACAGUGUGUGAUGACUCCUGGGAUAUUAAAGAUGCCCAUGUGGUGUGCAGACAGCUGCAGUGUGGAGUGGCCCUCAGUAACCAGCAGGUGCCUGCCUGGUUUGGUCCUGGUUCUGGACACAUAUGGCUGGAUAAGGUGGAGUGUGAGGGGAAUGAGACGUCUCUGUGGAACUGCUCUUCUCCAAAACAUGGAAAACAUGACUGUAAUCACAAGGAGGAUGUAGGAGUCGUGUGCUCAGAGUUUAAAGAGAUCAGAUUGACUGAGGGCUGUGAAGGGAAUGUGGAGGUUUUCUACAAUGGAUCCUGGGGUAAUGUGUGCUGGAACCAGAUGGACGAAGACACGGUGAGUCUGAUCUGUCAAGAGCUGAACUGUGGAAGAUCUGGUGUUUUGGAUGCUUCUACAGCAAGAGUGGAAUCGGCUCCUAACUGGCUGGAUAAAGUAAUAUGUCGACCACAUGACUCCACUAUAUGGCAGUGUCCAUCUUCACCCUGGGGACAGAAUGACUGUGAUAGCGAAGAUGAAGUGGCCAAAAUUACUUGUACAAAGGAUGAGAGAGAGGAGUCUCCUCGAAGUCAUCUAACGUGUUCAACAUCUCCUCUCCAGAGACAGUGUUCAAAUCAUCUUCCUCUCAGACUGAGUGGAGGGAAGGGCCGGUGCUCUGGGAGGCUGGAGGUGUAUCAUAACUAUGUGUGGGGCUCAGUCUGUAAUGAUCAGUGGGACAUCAGCGAUGCUCAGGUGGUCUGCAGGCAGCUGGGGUGUGGAGCAGCACUUAAUGUUGAUUCAGUCUUUGGUGCUGGUGAAGGUGUUGUGUGGCUGAAAAGAGUCGAGUGCAGAGGGACUGAGAUUCACUUGUGGGACUGUCUUUUCUCCCUGAACAACCACAGUGACUGCUCUUACAAAGAACAUGCUGGACUCACCUGCGCAGAUAUGUCACUGUCCACUACUCCUGCAACAACAAAAUCAGCUUCUCCUCCAGUGCGCUUAACACCAGUCACUCCUCCACAAACUCCUCCAGCAGCGUCUCUCUGCCUCACCACAGUGCUUGUGAUUGUACUGGUAGUUUUGCUCUUACUGCUCUUAGUGUCACUGCUUGUACUGAUUCGGCAAAAGAGAGUGACAAGGAGAGGUUGGAGAGUUCAGUCAUUUUUUGUGAACUGACAGCAGGGUUGUCUGUCUACACCCACAGCUCUCUCUCUGACUGGUAUACAGGACUACCCAGGACACCGACUCGAGAGUGACGAGCGGGUUCAUAUUAGCGGGUUCAUAUUAGGUGCAUUUGUAGAGUUGGAAGAGAUAAAGAACUAACUUAGUUCCCGAAACAAAGGAAAAAGAUGACAUGAACGAUUGUGUCAGCACUUUGAGUCAAUGCAGUUCAUUGAAAACAUCUGAAUGUUCAACAGAUGCUAUAAAAAAGGCUAGCCACAUAAAACAAAGACUAGUUUAAACUGCACUGACUGAUGCCGACCAAUGCAACAGGCACACUUGUCAGGUUUUGUUGGAUCAAUGUGCCUCCCUGUCAGUGUCUGUUGCCAUUAGUCUUCAUUUGUUUAACUAAAUAUGUUCAUUCUGCAUUUUUCAAGUUGUGGAAGGUCUAAGCUGAAUGGUGAUUUUACAAAUGGCCUAAAAUUUUAACUUGACAUGGCAUUGUCAUUUAAGCCCACCAAACAAGAUCAGACCCAGAUUUUGGCCAUGCCUUUGCUGUGAGUGAAGGUCAAACUGGGAGUGUGGUGGCUUCUGCCGCUUCUGUGAGAAAGCACUCUGUAAGGUUUUGAUGCCAGUAGAGAGACUUUAUUAUCAGAGUCUGUGUCUGCACAUAGGUUUCCAUUAACAAAACAUAUCAUUCAGGCCACUUUUGCUAGUCUAUAUUUCCUCAUGUCCACAUAACAGUAAAAAAGAGAUCUCAGUUCUUCACAUGUCAGCACAAGAUCAUCACACGUUUUAUCUUAAUAGCAGCUCCUCAUAUUUGAGCUCCCACACUGUCUAGCCUAUAGAGCAUGCUCUAGUCACCUAGCAACUGUGACAGCUUUUUAUUGAAACAGAUAAACUAAACUAAACAAAAUAUGGUUCACAGUAGGUCUAAAAGCAUCACUGUGGUUUUUAUAUAUUACAUAAUAAGAAGUAUAAACUAUAGUUUAAAAUAGUUGUUUAAAAUUGUCACAUUAUAUAACUAUAUACUUAUGUUUACAUUUCUCAUUUAAACUAAAUCUAAAUGAAAUUCUAACAAUGAAAAUUUGUAAAUUGGCUUUUGUUUUUUAAAACAGAAGAUGGUGAUAUGGGGGAGGGGUCAAAUAAAGAAGGAGUGGCCAUAUGACUCAAUGACCAAACCCACUAUCUGUUCCUGAAAUAAUAUUAGUUUCUUGAGCUGCUGUGAGUUUCUUAUAUUGCCACUAAUGCAUCAGUGCCUUUUUAUAUUAUUAGAUUUUUUUAUUUGUAAGUAAACAUUUUCAUGUUAAAUUUCAUGCUAAAUUUGGUAACAACAAAUUUUAGUAUUUGUGCAUUUCAGCAUUUUUACUGAUAUUAAUACUUUUUACAUAAUGAACAAAUAAGCUAAUU